AUGGAUAUUGCUGAUGUACUCCACAAUUAUAGAGUACGGCUUUUCGAUGAGUUCGAAGAGAAAGAUAUUGAAACAAAUCUAAAUAUAAUCAAACAAAAAUAUGAAAGUAAAUUAAUAUUUAUUUUAAAUCAAGUAAAGGAUAAAAUAUCUUUGUAUAAAAGCUGUGAAAAACCUUGUUUUUGUUCCUUAUAUCAAGAUGGCUAUUCUUGUCCCUGUGAUAAACCUACUUCAACAUAUCAACAAAAUGAAAUAAAUGAAGAAACAAUAAAUCAAAACAAUAUAGAUGAUGAAAAACAAACACAAGUUGAUAAUAAAAAUGAAACCUCAGAUAAAAAAAGAAAAAGAAAUAAUAAUUAUAAUCAAAGUUACGACCAAAAUGAUGGAGAAACCAACUUAACAGAAAAUAACAAAGAUGAACAAACUCAAAACCCAUUAAAAAAACAAAAUAUAAAUCCAGACAAAAUAAAAGAUAUACCCAACACAGAUGAUAAUGAUCAAAAUGAACAUGCCAAAAUAAACAUUUUAAAUGCAUUUAUAAAAGUUGAUGAAGAUAUAAAAUUUUUAGAUUCAAAAGAUUUAUUUUUUAAUAUACCUAUAAAAAAUAAUUGCAUUUUAAAAGAUAUAUUUACAAGUAUGACAAAUGAAAUUAAAAAUAAAAGUUAUCAAAAUGUUUAUAAAUGUGCAUAUUUAGAAUGCUACAAAAGAAAUCAAAUUAAAAUUCAAAAACAAGGUUUCUGUUGUAACUUACAAACAAAUUUUAAAAAUAUUAUUAAUUUUUAUUUCACCAGUUUUAUAGAACAGUUCUCAUUAUUUUAUUUUGAUUUUUUUUUAUGUAUAGUAAAAGGUGUAAUAACAAUCGAAUCAGGAAUUAAUUAUAUUUCAAAUGAUUUAGCAACUUUACAUCAUGAACAUUCCAUGAAACUUAAUCUUUCACUUUUCAAAAUAACACCCGAUACUAAUGAAGUAUCUGAUGAACUAGAUGAAAAAUGUAAUACCAAUGUAGAUGACACUUAUUUGAUUCUUCCAUUUAAAGUUGUUUUAUUAAACAGUUUUCAAUACAUAUUUGAAAUUGCACAUCAUCUACGUGAAAAACAAAAUGAUCUAUAUGCAAAUUAUAAAGAUAUUAUAUAUCAAUGUAUUGUCAUGUUAGAACAAAAUAAAAUUAUAUCAUAUAAAGAUACUACUACUUAUAUAGAAUGUAAAAAUUUCGAUAAAAUAAAUAUAUUCCCAAAGGAAUUAAAUAAACUUGUUACUAAAUUAAAAACAAAAAAUAUGUACAGCAUAUCUAUAUAUAACCUAAUCAGAGAAAAUGUUAAUGGGUACUCUAAAAUUAUUUUUAUAUUAGAACAGUUUUUUGCAAACAAUUUAGAUUUCAAUCGUGAUCGAUCAAAAAAAAAUACUAGACUUACUUCCAAAUUCUACUUAAAAUAUAUGCUAAAAAGGAAAGCAAAAAAAAAGAAAAAUGACCAAACAAAUAACAAAAAUGAACAAGAUGUAAGUUGCCAAACAGAUUUGUCUGACGAUUUUUUAGCCUCUUCUGAUUUGGACAACAUCUCAGACUCAUCAUUGUUAGCAGUCUCGAAUAAUGGCACUAAAAAAUCGAAGCAAAAAAUAGACAAGAAAAAACGUGGCGAGUCGGGACAUGACAAAGAAACAUCCCAUGAGUCUGCUACCCAAAACUCCCAAUUUGAAAAAAAAAAUAAAAAAAUAAACUGCUCAUCACUGAAAAGAAAAUGGAAAAGACAUCUAAAUUGCUACUAUUGUAAUGAUAUAAUAAAAUUGAAGAAAGCCAUUUUUAAAAUUGCAGGAUUACAUAAUUUGUGUCCUCGUAGAAUAAUAUCAAUACUCUUAUUUUAUUAUGAACAAAAUGUAAAUAGCAAAAAACAACUUCUUCCAUUAUUUUAUUUAUAUUCAAAAGAAAGUAUAACAGAUGUAAUAAUACUUGAACUGAAAAUAAAAAAUAAUUAUAUUCAAGAAAAUAAUAUAGAACAAUUAGAUAAAUUAAAAGUUAUAUACAAUAAAAAUGGGGUUGAAGAAAAUGAAAAUAAAUAUUAUUAUCCAGAAUUUUUAUUAAAUACUAAUAAAUUUUUUAGUUACAAUUAUUUUAAAAUGUGUUCUAUUUUAAUUUUAAAUGAUCUAUUAAAUUUUAAUAUCUUUUAUAAUAAUUUACUACCUAAUGAUAUCUUAUUAAAACACAUUUUUUAUGAACUGUACAGAAAAUUUUAUGACGAUUAUGAUAACAUGUUUUCAGAUAAAGUUAUUUCACUUUUUUAUUAUUAUAUCCCAUAUGAUAUUAAUAAAAUGUAUGAUAUUUUUGAAACCCUUAAAACGGGUUCUGUUGAUAAAAAAAAUAAAAAUUCCGAUAAAUCAAAGUCAACUAAUUUAGAUAAUAAAACAUCAAAUGGUGCACAAAAAAAUAAUAACCCAGAUUUAUCUAAAACAAAUAAUGAAAGUCUUUACAAUCAUUCUAAAAGUUUAAAUAAAUUAUUAGAAAAGAUUGAAGAUCCUCUUUCUAUACAUGAUAUUGUAGUUAAUUAUGCUUUAAAUAUGAACAAUUCAGAUUUAAAAAAAAAAUAUCAAAAUGUUUUAGAGUCAAAAAAUAAAGAUGCUAUAAAUUAUUAUUUAUAUGAUUCCUUAACUAAUAAUACACAAAGUAAUGGAGACACAUUUAUAAAAAUGUAUAUAGAAAGAGAAAUUAAAAUAAGAGAAGAAUCUAUAAAUUCAAAAUAUUUAUUAUAUAAUAAUGCACAUAAUUAUUUAUUCUUAGAAGAAGAUCAUUAUUUUCUUGUUUUAAGUCGUUUAUUCUUUAUGAUUAAUCAAAAAUUUCUAUUUUUAUCAACAUUAAUAGAUUUAAAUGCUUGGACAUUUGUUACAACUCUACUUAAUCAUAUGACUACCCUUAAUUCAAAUCCAUUUAUGAAUUAUUUUGUUACUAGAUCAUUUGCUCAUCUUCUUAAUUAUCUUUUAAUUCCUUUGAAAAAUAAUCUAGAUAGUAUCAAAACAAAAAAAACAAUAAAAAAUAAUUCUUGUUUCUUUUGCAAAUUAAACAUAAAUUCGUUGGAUCUUGUCGGAUACAAUUCUAUUAAGACUAUCAGACAAAAUAAAAAGUAUCUUCAAAACUUAUUUAAAAAUGAAAAGACAAUAAAAAUAAAAAAAAUAAAAGUAAAACAACUAAUCAAAUUAUAUACAUCGAAUUAUAAGUUAUUUGCUAUACAAAAUGAAGAAAAAAAUAACAUAAAUACAAACAUAACUAUAGACAAUGAUCGUAUAUCCAUUUCAGUAAAAAAAAAAAAAAAAAUUAAUUUAAAAAACACUCAUUUUCCAUUACAAAAGUUUUUUAUCCUAUCAACAGAACCAUCAAAACAGUUACCAGACAUUCAUGAUAAAUCAAAUGAUAGUGAAACAAAACAGGAUACCCUUCCUAUAUUACUCAAUCCCGAUUUAAAAACAAAAGAAGUAAUAAGAAAUAAGCAAGAAUAUUUAAGGGAAAUCCAAACUAUGGAUGAAUUUUUCAAUACAUUUUUACCACUCUUAAAAUAUCUAGGAUAUUUUACCUACAUAUAUAAUGACCUACAACAAAGUGUUUUAAAAAUCUUAUUAAAAUAUGUAGAAGUAAUGAUAAAAAAAGAUAAUAAUAAUGAAAGUCAAGCUGAACAAAUAGAUAGGUUACAUCCAAAUUUUUAUUCCUAUUUAAACUUUUUCUUUUUAUCUUUAAAUAAUAAUUGUGAAGAAAUAAAUGAAAAUCUAAUCAAUAUACAACUAUGGGAUAUAUUAAAAUUAAUACCUGUCUCAACACGAUAUAAAAUAUAUUUCAAUUUUUAUAAUCUAAUUGAUAAACAAAAGAAGGAUAUCAUUAGAUAUAAAAACCAAAUUGUUAUACCAGAUGAAUUAUCUAGUGAAAAUUGUGAAAAUGAGGAAAAUAAUGAAAACAAAACAGAUGACAUUAUAUUAGAACAUGAUAAUAGUGAGGGCCCACAUUUUAUAACUCUCUCAACAAAUUCAAUCUAUUUCUUCUCCUUAUUUAAUUUUGAACUAAUUAAAACAAAAAUAAGAAAAAUAAUAAAAAGAGCUACAGCAGAUAUAUUAAAAGAUAGACAAAAUACAAAAGUUAAAAAUAUGCUAUCCGAAUUUAAUUUUAUAAUUAAUAGAAAUCCAUUUGUUGGUGCUGAAGUUAUUUUACAACAAUGUGAACUAUUUGAUAAUAAUAUGAUUAUAACUUUAACUGAAUCUAUUAAACAUAUUCAUUUAUUUUCAAGUGAUAUUUUUUUAUAUAAAAUUAUAGAAAAACAACAAUUAUUAAAUGUUAAUACUUUUAAUUUAAAUAAACAAAAUAAUAUGAACAGUUCAGAAUUUUUUGUUGAUAAUGUUUUUAGACCUAAAAAAUUAAUAAAUCUAUCAUUAGUUAGUGCAAUAUUUAUGUCAAAACAUCCAUCUGUUGAAUUUUAUCCAUUACUUAUAUCAACAUUAAAAAGAAUCUUUUCAGAAAUGCAUACAUCAGAUGAAUUAUUCUUAAGACGCCUUCCAUCAAGUACCAAAAUGGGACAUCCUAAUUAUGAUGAACAAACUGAUGAAGACGAUAAAAUAAUAGUAUUAAAGGCACAUAAUAAAAAAUACCCAGAUUUAAUGAGUGGAUAUAUAUUCGAUUUAGAGUAUAUUCAAAAACUUAUCGAAAUAUAUGGUGGAACUAGUGCCUAUGUAGAAGUACAUGCAUUAAACGACGAUCAAUUAGAUGCACAAGGUGGUUUUAGACACCUUAAAAAAGAAGUUAUGGUUAUUGAAAAUGAUUUAGAUAUGAAUAUUAAUAAUACAGAAUAUGAAUAUAUUGAAAAAAAUCAAAUUGAAAAUGAUAAAUUAAAAUCAGAAUGUAUUUCAUAUGCAUCUAAAGUAUUAUUAAAUCCUAAUAUUAUUUAUUUAAUUUUUUUUAUCUUAUCAAAAUUAAAACAUGAAUAUUUAUAUGAUAGUAAUACGUAUAAUCUAAAAAAUCUUUCAUCAAUAGUUGAUCAAACACAUGCUAUCCUUCUACAAUACAUUGACUUUCUACAAUCCAACUCAACUCCUAAACUUUAUAUUUCACUUAUUCCAAAUAUUAUCACUAUAUUUCAAUUUUUCGAUAUCUCUCAAGCCUUUCAAAUUGUCCGAUUUUCCUUCCCAUUCUUCGAUCAAAACAGCAGUCAUAAUGAUAGCCAUAACGACAGUCAUAACAUCAAUCAUAACGACAGCCAUAACAUCAAUCAUAACGACAGCCAUAACGACAACCAUAAUGACACCCAUAAUGAACUAGAUGUAGAAAGCGAGCAUGAAUAUGAUUCGGAAGCAGAACAAGAAACAGAUGCAUGGACAAAUGUUAUGAUGCCAAUCGUUGAGAAAUAUAUAACUAUAGAAAACUUAAACGGAAUCAAUAUUAAAUUUUAUUUAAUUUAUUGGAGAUUACACAUAUCAGAUAUUUAUGUUCCCCAUAAACAAUAUCAAAAAGUAGUAGACAACUUUGAUAUGCUUAUAAAUAAUUUAGAGAAAUAUUUUAUUGAUAAUAAAAAGAAUGAAGAUAUAAAUUGGAUACAUAAAAAAAUAGAAAAACUAAAUGUUAGAAAAUCAAAAAUAAAAAAUGAAUAUGAAAAUCAUAUAAUUCAUACAAAAAAAAUUAAAAAAAAAUUAUCACAUAUAAUAGAACAUUGGGUAGAUCCAGAAGAAAUUGAUUUUAAUACAUUUACUUCUUUUGUUAAAUGUUUAAUUGCACCAAGAAUAUUAAAUAGUGAAAAAGAUUCCUUAUUUUGUUCAAAAUUUAUACAAGUAUUAAUAGAAUUUUCUACACCUCUUUUUAAUUUAUGUACAUUAGUUCAAGUCUUAACUAAAAUGUUAAUUCCUCUUAUAAAUACAUGUACAGAAAAAGAAUCACUAAAUGUUGGAAUAUUUUUUAACGACCUAUUCUCAUAUUUAUAUAUAUUAUGUGAUGAUGUCAAAUAUUUUAAUAACAUAUCUAAUAAUAAUCCAUGUUUUAGUAAUACUUUAAAUUUUGAAUCGAAGGAUACUAUUGAUCAUUCAUCAAUUAUUCAAAAAGUUUAUAAAUGGGAAAAUUAUAUUAUUGCAUUACUUUUUGAAAAUAAUAACAAUGAUGAAAAAACUUGGAUUAAUUAUAAAUCAAUAGUUGUAUUUUUAUUUAGAUUAGUUAAUUCAUUUCCAUACUCAUCACAAAUUAAAGACUCUAUAAUAACUCAUCUACAAAACUUACAAGAUAUUUCAAAAGCUCAAGGAUGGAAAGAUAUAUUAAUUUCAAUCACCAGUCUAAAACAAAUAAUGGAAAAAAACAAAAAACAGCCUGGCAUGGAAAAAAAAGAAGAACAUGAAACAAAACCACAAGAAACCAAGGCCAAGCCACCAAAGACAAAUGAAACGCCACAAAAAUCAGAUUCAAAUGCAACUAUGACUCCAUUUAACACAUCUCGUCCUCCUCACACAAAUCCGAAUCCUCAUUUUAUACCAGUGGCAAAGAAUAUUUACAAUCCAAACAUGCAUCCUGUAAUGCCAAACGCCCCCAAUCUACCUCCAAAGCCAUUUAUGAAAGAAAAUUUUAAUAAAAUCCCUCCACCUCAAGACCCAAAUAAAUACAUGUUAAAAAGAAGAUAUCGUUAUUUUUAA